AAAAUGAAGUUUGACGAUAUUCUUAAAACCAUUGGCGAGUUUGGAAAGUAUCAGAAGAUACUGUACUUUUUAUUAUGUAUGACAUCAGUGAGUGCUGCAUUACAUAUGGUGAUUUCCGUGUUUCUAAUGGGCACACCAACUCACAGAUGUGCUAUACCAGGGUACCCUAAUGAUACAUAUGCCAUCCAAAGUCCCGGCCAUGAGGUCUUGAUAAAUCGAUUAGUACCAUUGUCGACGGAUGAAACCCUCGAUUAUGUCCAGUGUGAUCUGUAUGACAGGUCGCAUGACGGAGAAGAUAACUCUACCAAGCUGAAGGCCUGUUCAGCUUGGGUCUACGACAAAAGUGUCUUCAUCAACACUUUCACAUCAGAGCAUGACAUUGUUUGUGAAGACAAGUUAAAGACAUCCCACGCUCAGAUGAUCUUCUUCGGUGGUGUGUUGGUAGGGGCAAUAGGCUUGGGAUCAUUGUCCGACAUAAUAGGACGGAAAAAGACACUGUACAUCUCCUUUCUACUAUUACUUGGAUCAACCCUAGGUGUAGCAUGGGCUCCAGAUUUCAUUACAUUCUGUGUUCUACGGUUCCUGGUAGGAACUUCCUGUGCUGGGAUGUUCAUGACUGCUUUUGUUAUUGGUAUGGAGCUGGUUGGUCCAUCCAAGCGUGUAUGGGCUGGUAUUGUCAUCGAAUAUUUCUUCGCUUUGGGACUUGUCAUCCUGGGAGGGGUAGGCUACGCCUUCAAAGAGUGGAAGUACAUUGAGAUCACAUGCGCCGCUCCUGGUGCUCUUUUCCUCUUGUAUUGGUGGUUUAUUCCCGAGUCACCGAGAUGGUUGAUCAGUCAAGGCAAAAUUGAGGAGGCUAACAAGAUCAUCCAGAAGGCGGCUAAAGUCAACAAGGUGACAAUUCCAGAGAAGAUCCUCACAGCCGACUCCAUUGAGGAACCGGAAGCUGGUCGUCUCUGGCAUCUGUUUACGUCACGUGUUCUUCUUAUCAGGACACUGAUCAUAUUUUUCAAUUGGGCGGUGGUGAGUAUGGUUUACUAUGGACUUUCUUUGAACACUGGAAACCUUGGAGGCGAUUUCUACGUCAACUUCUUAUUGUCUGGCCUUGUCGAGUUUCCUGCCUAUACCCUGUGCCUGGUGCUGCUCGACCGGGUGGGCAGACGGAUACUGCAUGCGGCAUGUAUGAUAGUUGGUGGCAUUGCUUGUAUUGUUACGCUCUUCCCAAUGUUGUACGCCGAUGAAAGUCUCCAGCCAAUCACAGUUACCCUGGCUAUGUUGGGCAAGGUUGGAGCGGCUGCUGCCUUCGCAAUUAUAUAUGUAUGGUCAGCUGAGUUAUAUCCAACUGUGGUCAGGAAUGCAGGCAUGGGUGCCAGCUCUUCGUGCGCUCGUAUUGGGGGCAUGAUAGCUCCAUAUAUUGCCGAUUUGAGCAAGGUGAUUGAGGGUAAUCUAGGACGUGCGGUGCCUCUGGUGGUGUUCGGAGCGGCGUCCGUUGUGGCUGGGAUUCUGUCACUCUGGUUACCAGAAACUAACAACAAAGAUCUCCCUGAAUCUCUUGAAGACGGUAGACGAUUCGGUAAAAAAGGCUCUUCAGAAAAAUACGAACCAAAGCUCGAUUUUGACAACAAGGCAUUUGAUUCUGAGGCUGGCAUCGCAAACGGUGCAAAUGGAGGAUAUAUCGGCACCAAGCUAUGA